CGGGCGAGAGAGCGCAUGCUCUUCGCCACACACACGCGGUCAACGUUUUCUCCGCUUUGUGGCGCCGCUCAAGUUGUGUCGCAGCAGCAAACACGCAAUAAAAGUUCAAAAACAGUUGAAGUAUACCGCGACGCGAGUAAAAAUCUUUCCUUCGACGUCGUCUCUGUUCGUUGUAGUAGUUGUUGUUGCUGCUACUGCUGUUGUUGUUCUUGUUGCUGCUACUGCCGCUGCUGCUUAACGUUUCUAUAGUGUGUUCCGUUUCGCGAAUUUUCAUGUGCAUUUAUGUAGAUAUACAUAUAUAGAUAUAUAUAUAUAUAUAUGCAUAUAUGACUGGCCAAAAGAUACUCCACCGCUCUGGAUAUGCGAACAAAGAUUAAAAUUCAAGGAGGCUCGACAGCCAGUUGUGUUGCAAAAUCAGGAGGCUAUCGCAUGGUGAUUCCACCUGCACGAGCAAAGGGCGUGUGUGCUUAUCGCAGGACGAGAGUGGCGUCAUCUCCGGCGAGGAGCAACUGCAUCAUAAUCAUAGCCACAGAGUGAAGAGAUCGAAAGCAGAUCCAAGCUUAACGACAGAAGCAAGAAUCGGCAAAGCAAAACUUCCAAAGUUAUGGCACAAUAAACCCGGAAAGGAGUCGAAAUGGAAAUUGCAUACGACAACUGUAAGCGGGCAUUGCAACGCAAAAGAAAGAAGUUUAAAGAACUGAAAACCCCGUAGACUUCAUGAACCCAGGUGGAACAAAUAAUUUCAAGGACAAGGUGUUUUUGUGCUCAAAAACGUGCAGAUGACUUCUAAGAAGUUAGGAAAAUAUACAAUAUACAAAUACAUGAUUUGCUCGGAAAUAAUCCAGAAAUGAAUGUACACUACUUAUUAGUAUUACCAAAUGAUGAGUUUUCUCAUCUCAGUUUUAUAAAGGUCUUGGAAAUCACCGAAUGACUACCUGCCAUUUUCAAAUGUACAAAGAAAACUUUA